UAAGCAUGUGGAACAAAGCAGCCAAACCAAGGAUUCAUUUUUAUAUCUUGCAGGGAUUUAGGAAAGUGGUCACAGAUGAUUUUUAAUAAAUGAUUUAUUUUUUAAAAAGGUUGACUCAGUCAAAGCAAUGACAGUCCACGUAGCUAGAGUAUUAUUAAUCAAAUCACAUGGCCUGGAGGAGACGGGCGUUUCAGUUUUCAUUUUAUCCCACACCCUUUACCUUUUCCUGGUUGCAGAUUGCAAAGUAUCACAGUUCAACAGUGUAAACCAUCCAGACUUUCAAGGCAACUCUCUGACUAUGGAUUUGCUACUGGGAUGUUUAUUUAUCUGGAAAGUUUUAAGGACUUAUCAGGAGAAAUCAGAUUCACCAGUACCAUUCAAUGUGCAUAUGGAUAUGUACGCAAAUGAAUCUUUAGUACUGAAGCAGAGCUAAUCUAUCAGAGUAUCUGUGGUUUUGAUUCAAUUUGCCACUUCAACAAAUACACACCCCAAUUUCCCCAAGGAGAAAUACGCUCACAUAUUUUCUUAGUAUGUGAUGCACUGAGAAAUGACAUAUUUUGCUUCUGACCUGAGAUGAAAUGAUCCAUCAAGACAAUGAGAUAUACAAAGAAAGAGUUUGCUACGAUGGUUCUUGGAAUUGUGGUUUAUGUCGCGGAUAUUGGAGCAGAUCUCUGGGUAGCAAACAAAUAUUUUCAUGAGGGACAGUAUCUCUGGUGUGCCUUGACAUUGGCCACAGGGCUUCUUUCAUCACUAGUUGUCCAGUAUUUCAGUUACACUUGGUUUAAAGAUGAUGGCACUCACAAGCUGAGUUGGAUUUCUUCAGUACAUCUCUUACAAGCUGGAAUAUUUACAAGGUACUGGGCUGCACUGAAAUGUGGCUACCAGGCAGCAUUUAAAAUGAACAACUUGGAAGAUGGAUUGAUUGAUGGUUCCACCAGCCCCAUUCACAAGAGCGCCAUUUGUGCAAUGACUGAUAUAAGUAUGCUCAGACUAUUUAGGGCAUUUCUGGAGAGCACGCCCCAGCUCAUUCUUCAGAUCUACAUCCUGAUGACAUCUGACAGUUCUACCCCCAGUCAGUAUGUAACCAUUGCAAUGUCUUUCUGCGGCAUCUCCUGUGCAACUGUGGACUAUCAGAUAGCGUUACGAAAAUCCCUGCCUGAGAAAAAAAACUUUCCAGGGAUAUUUUCCAAAUUAAUAUAUCUUUUCUAUAAACUGUUGACUUUGACUUCUUGGAUACUCUGCAUCGCUCUGGUCACCAUACUAAGUAUAACGUCUCUCGUUCUACUUGUGUUUCUUUGGCUUUUGAGUAUAUGUUGGGUCCUGAAGCAACACACAACAUUUUGUACAUCUAAAGUACCAGAAAUUGUCUACAGGACUAUUGUGGGAAUCAUUCUUAUUUUUACCUUUUUUAAUGUCAAGGGAGAAAAGACCAAAAUGCCUCUGAUUGUUUAUUAUACUGCUCGGGGGUUUAUAACUGCAACAAUAGUGUAUGUUUGCAUGUCCUGCAAAUCAGUGUUUAAUGGGAAAAUAUAUUUGUUAUCUGUAAUUAUGGUGGUCGUUAUCACCCUAAUAUUGGGCAUUAUUUUUCUUAUUUCAUAUUAUGCAUAUUUUCAUCCUAGGAAUUUUUACACACAAGAUGUAGUUGAUGGACCAGGAAUUUAUUACACACAAGAGGUAGUUGAUGGACCAGGAAUUUAUUACACACAAGAGGUGAUUGAUGGACCAGGAAGUGAAAGAACAGAAAACUGUAGAAUGAGGGGAUUCCUGAUGCAAUAAAUCUCAUGACAAUUAUCUGUUGCUGCUGCUAUGCUUCUUUUUAUUUAAUAAGAUAUGAUAGCCAUCUUCAAAUAUCCAAAGGGCUGCCACAUGGAGGAUGGAGCAAGUGUGUUUUCUCCUGUUCGAGAGGCUAGGACCUGAACCAGUGGCUUCAAGUUACAAGAAUGGAAAUUCUGACUAAACAUCAGGAGUGAUUUCCUGACAGUAAGAGCUGUUUGACAGUGGAACAGACUCCCACGAGAUGAGGUGGUCUCUCCUUCCUUGGAGGUUUUUAAGUAGAGGUUGGAUGGCCAUUUCAUAUGUGUGAUCUAGUUGAGACUCCUGAAUUGCAAGGGGUUGAACUAGAUUACCCUUGGGAUAUCUUCCAACUCUAUGCUUCUAUGAUUUCCUCAGUGCAAAAAUUCACUGAUGCAGUAAUAGUGCAUUGGAGGUCAAUUUAUACUGGGCCAUCCUGUUUUA